AUGAAAUAAAUAGUGCUUUUUGCAUUUUUGGCAUGUGUUGUUCUGGCACAUAAUGAUAUUAAGCAUGUGCAAGAAUUACUUUUAGAACUGAAGGAUGAAAUACAUGAGCAAAUCGUAGCUUUAGAUGCUGAAUGGGUGUUAACAUAAAAAGUAUUGAUUAUUAAAUAUGAUAAAAGAUGAAACAAGCUAGUAUUUAAGCAUUAAGAUAAACAAAAGUUGAUUAAGAGGCUGAUUGUGAUAGAAGAGAUGAAAAUGUAANGUAAAUAAUUUGUGAAUAAUCAAUUGUGAGAAUUUAAGCCAUUUAAUAAUAUUUCCUUCAUAUUUUUAUAUAAUUUUAUUAAUAAUCUUUUUUGAAUAAUAUUGUAAUAUCAAUGAAAUGUUCCAUAAACUCCAGACAAAUAAAAAGAAUAAAAACUGCUGUUGACUAUACUAUAACAUUAGUAUAAGUAAUAUAAAUUAAACAAUCAAUUACCAUUCCAUUCCAGUAAUCAUAAUAUUCAUAUAUCUUCCUUUCUUUUUAAAUACUUCAACAAAUUGUAAUAUCUCCAGAUGAUUUUUAUAAAAAUUCCUUUAUUUUGUCCCUUUCUAACAAGUAAUCUUUAAUUAACAAUCUAGUUAACUUAUUUGA